UCAAACAUACCUCGAGGCUGAGGAAGAGAGAAAAUAUAUUGAAAAGAUCAAGAAAUCCCGGGAAAAGGGCAAAUUCAGAGCUAUUGCAGAUUCCACAGGAGACUCUGACGAGUUGCCAUGGUCGGACAGACUACGAUCUGCGAAGAGCCUUAUGAAACAUGCUUUGUUACGAUCGGGCUCGGCUGAUUCCUGUGCACUUCUAUUCACUGCACUGUGUCGUGCCAUGGGGAUCCCUGCCCGAUUGGUCGUAAGCCUUCAAGCCGUACCUUGGAGUAGCAAGUCGGAGAAAUUAAACUCUUCGGGACUACCUUUGCCAGAAUACUUGACUGAUACAUCCGACGCAGACGCUGAAAAGCCCAAGAAAGGUAAAG